AUGGAUUUGUCCGACUGCUCCCAGACUUCCCGUUACUUCCCUGGGUGGAAAAAACGCUACUGCAUUUGGUCAACACCUGCCAUUAGAAAGGCUCUUACCAUGAGUCAUUUAAAAUUUAUUAAAGGUGUAGGAGGUGUCGGCUUGGGAGCAGCAGCAGCUCUAUAUUUUGCGAGUUCAUGCGCAUUUGGCCAGGUCCAGAUUGAAAAUCAAAUAAUUAACCCACAAAUUGUUAUAGGGAUCAACGGUUGGCUUCCAGGCUUGACGAGCUUACAAACCAAUAUGAAUAAUGCUUUUGGGACUUAUAUUCGUGCUGAAUCGCAACGAAUCUUACUUUUACACGGAACAUCCAAUGAUGUAGUUCCCUCCGAGUUUGUAUACAAAUGUGUGGAUUCCCUUCGAACAAAUCUAUUCCCAACCAUGUUCAAACAAUGUGGAGGCGAUCAUGUGAUGACUCAGAUACGUCUUUGGCUCACACAAACCAUUGGACUCUAA